CGUUAAUUUGAGUUUUGGAGAUUUAAUUUGUUAGGAAAGAGAUAAAAUUUGUAUUUAAUUAAAAUAUAUUGCAUUUCAAUUGCAUGUUAAAUUAAUAAAGAAAUAUAAAAGAAUAUAAUUUUGAAAUAUUUUUAUAAAAAUGAAAGUGAUCGCUAUAUUGUGUUUAUUCGCUGCCGCUGCUUAUGCCAAAGAAGUCGAAUUAAUUUCAAAUGAAGCCAUGGUGGAAUUUGAUGGCAAAUUUCAUUACCACUACGAAUUGGGAGACGGUUCCAAAGCCACACAAGAUGGUUUCCUAAAACAAGUCGAUGCCGAACAUGACGGUGAAGCCAUUGAAGGUAGAUUUGCUUUCAUAGCCGAUGAUGGUCAUGAAUAUGCUCUCUCAUAUACAGCUGAUGAAAAUGGUUACCGUCCCAUCGGUGCUCAUUUACCAACUCCACCACCAACACCCGAGUCAGUAUUGAAAACCUUGCAAUAUUUAUCCGAACAUCCAUAUCAUAAACCCGAAGGAAGAAAUUAUUAAAAAAACUUUUUCCAAAAAGACAUGUAUUUUUAGUUAUAAACCCUAUUGUGAUUUAAGUUAUAAAUUAAUUUUUGUUGUUGAAAAAAUAAAAAAAGAAUUUAAAAAUUAAAAAAAUUUGCGUGAUUUGUUAAACUAGAAAUAGAAGUGAUAGAGAAACAAUAAACAAAUCAAAUACGACUGAUGAUAAUAAAGAAAUAAAUUGUUAAAAUA